GUUCAGUCAAUUUCCCCUAGGAGUCUAGGACACCGACACCUUUCGCGUCGUAAUGUCCGAGUCCAUUCCUAUGCAAUGGAUAUCGCAGUAUAUCAUCAAAGUCGCCGAAACUUAUGGAAAGUCAUUUGCUGAUGUCCCUCUCGACAACAUUUCACCUAGCAAGAAGAAGAGAGUUCAAGUACUCGAAUUUUUAACAUACAACACAGACGCAGCAAUAUGGGGGAGAGUGUCCGACAAGGAAUACAGUAUUCCAGUUUGUUUCACUAAAGACGCCGUGUUGCAAUAUAUGAAGGAUUUGCAAGGUCGAAGGCUCACAGAAGCAAAACAUGCCAUCUUUUUUAUAGGGCAAUUUCGCCCCAUCUUUGUACGAAUUCCCGUCGGCAACAAUCGUUCGAAUUUGAGCGAGGAACCUCAUAUAGCCCUAGAAGCUGGUGUUGUUAAGUUUGUUGGCUCUGGAACAGGCGUUUUCGGCUCCCCGCAGGGCGUUGAAAUGAACUCUCGAGUGAAGGCAUGGGUCCGCGGACUCAGAAGAGGUGGCGAUGGUGGGGACGUUUUAAAGCGUGCUCAACAGAACGAAGCAGAUUUGCAACUUCAGGAAAUCUCUCCAGUCACCAACCAUGUAGAGGCACAUCCCAUGCUUGAGGCUCGAGAACAAGAACACAAUCCACCUCAUAUCGCGCCAGAACGUCCUAUCCAAAAGAUCGAUCACAUGAGGGAAUAUCGCAAGCGCUGGACACAUGCCGAGAAAGACAUCUGGACGGCUACAGUGAAGCCUCGCGUUGAUGACAAGGUGCAAACGCUCGCUGGUGAACAACCUCAAAUGGACCACUUGCCUGUCGGAGAGUGUGUACCUCCUGAUACUGUGAUCGCUGGUAAGCCUUUUAUCGCAAUUAAAGUGUAUCAGCAGGAACUUGAAGACAAACGAAAUACAGUCGCAAGAUCUCGACCCUGUACCCCGCCGCGCACACGCACACGUACACCUGAUCAAGACAUAAAUGAGCAGACCACACCCAGAUCCUCAGAAUGGCCUUCAUCUGCUCCCGGAAGCCCUACUGGAGUCCUGGCAUCUCCAGCUCACGACACAAACGAAGAUCCUCUAAAUGACCGUGCAAAUGCAGAAGCUUCGGUAGAGGAACAUGGACCAUCUCACGAACCAUCUACACCCCUUACUACUUCGCCCCUGCGCCCACCCACACCUGCGCAACGCAUCAGACGGUCAAUUCUUCUUUCAUCCCCUUCAGAUUCGUCCCCUGUACCUCCACCACCUUCUACAUUUCCUAUGCACCUUCUUAGAAACAUAAAACGAAGAGUUCCUCGCCCUGGUGUGCCGCCGUUACCAGCUGAUCACUCAGGUCCAACUCAGAUUCUCGUCCCCAAUUCUGAUACUUCGGGAACUCAAUCUCAGUCUCAAUCUCAACCACAGUCGGAACCUCCGUCACAACUACUCUCCCAAUCCCAGUCACAUCGACCCCCGUUUCCGUCCCAGCUGACGCAAGAAUUCAAGCCAGGACCAACGUCGACACCCGCUGCCGUCAAACAGGGCAUCUCAGGCACAGAUCGUGGAGCUUUGCUGAUGCUUCCAGGUGACCAACUCGAGAGCUAUUGCGGUGGUGAUCGUGCUUCUUCUCCGGGUGUCGCCAACUGGGACGUCCAUGAAAAACUUGGCCAUGGCGAUCAUCAACCAUCCGACACCAAUCCGGAUGUGCACCAAGUCCUCCAACGAUUAACGGUUAAAGAUCUUGAUACGAUGGAUGUUGACGCGGUCGAUGGUGUCGAGAUUCCCGCUGCUGUGCACACCACACCAUCACAAGCACCCGAAGAUCCAUUGGAUAGACACAAACCUACUAGAGAUAUUUCACCACAACUCUCCAAUUUGUCUAUGCAUUCAUUGUUCUCCGGUUCUAGUCUUUCACUAUCCCAGUCCGAAGUCAUACCCUCCGUUACACGCCGAACAACCUCCCCACCUCCAGGAAAACCAACAAGCGGGGCCCCUUCACAUGAUGCAGAGGCUUGGAAGGCACCUAGUUUCAUGAGCUCUCGGAAGGGUAAAGGCAAAGCUAUAGAAGUGCCUGACGAGACAUCCGAGACGCGCAAAAGAAGACGGGCGUCGCCCACAUCUUCGUCCCCACUCGCUUCUCACAAGCGCAGGAAAAUUGUGGUGGACGAAACGGUGGAACCUGGGCCCGCAAGACCUGUCACUAAAGACGAAAAAGCAAGUGCCACCGCCCCAAACGGCAAGAGGAACAAGAACGUCACACAGAAAGAGACUCCAACUAUGAAGCAAACAUCUUCACGUAGGAUUUCCAAAGUUUUAAGCCAAGUACGGGACGCGUUGCUCUCCCAGAGCACCAACAAGAAGCGCAGGACACGUUUGAUGGGCUACCAGGUUGACUUUGAGAACAUUCCUGCCAGAGCUAAAACUUCAAGUCCAGUGAUGAGCUUGGGACGUUUGCGUACCAUCUUGCUACGAACCGGAAGAAUAAGGACACUUGGCGACGCGGUGACCAAAGAUGGGAGGAUAUUUAUUAGGUCUGAUUAAUUAUUGCCCUGGUCAAAAAUGUUGAUUAGGCAAUACAUGGGGAGUGGAUGCUUUGAUGUUAAUGACUAUCUUAUGAUCGGUUCAUUAAGGAGUACGGACGGUGCUUCAAGGAAGUGUAGACUUUGGGUACAUUGCAAUAUUAGA